AUUAAACAAGAAUGUCAUUUACUGAAAAAAGUCCAGAAAUUACAGCAGUAUAUCCUGUAUCCAGUGUUAGCUUGGAAGGCACUCUAAUUCCUGAAAGAAUACCCCGUACGUUCAAUGGAAAUUUGGACGAAUUAGCUCUUGCCGAUGGCAAGAAAGCAAGUAAACUCUUGGAAGAAGCUAGAGCUAACUUGGAACUUGCUGAAGAAACAGGGUACACACCAGAGUUAAGGCGUAACUUUAGUUUAAUCGCUCUUUUAGGUGUUGGAUUUGGGUUAACUAAUAGUUGGUUUGGUAUUUCUGCCUCUUUAGUUGCUGGUAUCUACAGUGGUGGACCAAUGAUGAUUGUCUACGGUAUUAUGAUUCUUGCUAGUAUAGGUAUGUGUGUUGCUGUUACUCUUGGUGAAUUAGCUAGUGCUAUGCCCAACUCAGGUGGUCAAUAUUACUGGACACAAAAGAUUGCCCCAAAGAAAUGGGCUCCUGUGUUGUCAUAUUUAUGUGGUUCCUUUGCUUGGGCUGGUGCGGUGUUCACUUCAGCUUCAGUUACUAUAUCUAUUGCUACUUCAGUUGUGGGUAUGUACAUGAUCAAUCAUCCAGACAAGACGGUUGAGAAAUGGCAAGUUUUUAUUGCCUAUGAAUUGGCUAACGUCUUGCUUGUCAUUUUCAAUGUCUAUGAAGGACCACUUCCACAUAUUUCAAAAGUAUCUUUGUACAUUUCAUUAGCUUCAUUUGUGAUUAUUACUAUAGUGGUAUUGGCCAUGUCAGGUGGUGAGUUUCAAAGUGCAGAAUUCGUAUUUGUUGAAUUCACUAAUGGUACUGGGUGGAGUUCAAGUGCCAUUGCAUUCUUUGUUGGUUUAAUUAAUCCCAACUGGAGUUUUCUGUGUUUGGAUGCUGCUACUCAUAUUGCUGAAGAAUCAACUAGACCAAGAACAGAUGUUCCAAAGGCUAUUAUUGGUACUGUAAUCAUUGGGUUUAUUACCUCCUUCACCUACUCAAUAGCUAUGUUCUUUUGUAUCAAGAACUUGGAUGGUAUUGCAAAUUCGAACACUGGUGUUCCAAUCAUGGAUAUUUUCCAUCAAGCAACUAGUUCCAAGGCUGCUGCGAUUGGUUUACAAUUUCUUAUCUUAUUGACUGCUAUUGGCUGCAAUAUUUCUUGUCACACAUGGCAAGCAAGAUUAGCUUGGAGUUUUUCAAGAGACAACGGAUUGCCUGGUUCUAAAUGGUGGGCUAAAGUUAAUCCAAAGACUGGUUCAGUUGUCAAUAGUCAUUUGAUGUCCUGUGGCUGGAAUGCUGUUAUUGGUUUCAUCUAUUUAGGUUCUGUCACUGCUUUCAACUCAAUCUUGAUUUGUUGCGUGCUUUUCUUGGCCAUUUCUUACCUGAUUCCCACCAUUUUUUUGAUUUUCAAAAGAGAUCAAAUAAAACCUGGUCCAUUCUGGUUAGACAAGUUUCACAUUGGUUUGAUUUGUAAUAUUGUGGUUGUUUCUUGGUCGUUAUUCUCAUUCAUAUUUUAUAACUUCCCUGCUGUCAUGCCUGUGACUGCUGGAAACAUGAACUAUUCAUGUGUAGUGUUUGGGGUUUACUUUACUUACUGUAUAAUAGACUGGCAAUUCCGGGCCAAGAAAUGUUUCAUCACUUCUGAGGAAAGAGAAAAGGGUAAAGAAGAACUUACCAAGCAAUUAUCACAACAGAUUUCUCAGAUUGAAGUGGUGUUGUCAAGAACUGUAUAGAAAUUUAAAAUUAUUACAAGUAUUGCAAGUAUUAAUAAAUGUAAGUUUUGUAAAUU